AUGCUAUUAUCGCUGGGUUUAGAUACGCAGACUAUCUUAGAAUUAAUUUCAAAGGAUCCUUUAUUGUGUACAGCCUCUACACAAAAUGAAAAAAACAACAACAGUAACAACGAUGACAAUUAUACAGGAAGUUCUAAAGUAGAUGAUCUAAUUAAAGAAAAUACCAAUUUAUUGAAUCAAGAUAACGAGUUAACAAUAAAAUUGGAUGAUUUAAAUAAAUUGAAAACUUUCCGUGAUUUAAUAAUGGAAUUUAAUGCCAAUUUGGAGUUAUUCGAAUUUGAAAAUUGUUAUUAUUCCUUAAAAACGCUAAGAAAUAAACUAAAGAGUUAUAAGACAAUUCUCUCAAGACAGUCAUAUUCUUUUCAAAGAUCUAUCAUGAAAUAUAUCGAUAUGAUGCAUUUAAGACUCAUUGAAAAUAUCUAUAAAUUACUAUUUGAAAAGUUCUGGGUUAUUGAUAUUAAAGAUUGUAAAUCUAUUAUAUUUAAUUCCGAAAUAUUGAUUGACUCUAGUGAAAAAAUGGAAUACAACACAUUUAUAUCAAUGAUAAAUCAACUAUUUUUCAUCAAUAAUUUAGAGAAUGAAUGGUUUUUAAAGGAUAUGGGCAUUUGUUCAGAGUCUGAAGAAGUUAGGAAAAUGUUAACCAACAUUGAUUUGAAUUUUAUUAAAUGUAAUAAUUUAGUUAACUUAAUUAAGAAAAAUAUAUUUAACUCAAAUAUUAAAUUUGAAUAUAAUAUGGGGACAGAUGCUAAGGCCACCAAUAAUGAUAAUGAUAAUAAUAAUAGUAGUAGUAGUAGUAAUAACAAAUUAAGUUUUAUUCGAAUAACAACAAAAGAGUGGGAUGAAGAAAACUUAGAGAUUGUACUCCAUAGUAUCAAAUCAUUAGUUGACUUUUUGCAAGCCCUUAAAACAAGCCAAUAUAAUACAAUUAUAAUAAAAGAUAUAGGUGAGGUAAUAAUUAAGGAAUUAAUUAAAUUUGUUAAAUCUAAUGCUGCGUCAAUUUUGUUUAAUGAAUCAAACAGUUUAUAUCUUGAUGAAAUAAAAUCAAUAAAUGAUGGUCUAAUUCAGUUGACUGCCGAUGGCCCAAAUUUUAAUUUUGAUGGGUCUGAAAUCAUUAAUUUGAUUGAAGAUAAAGAUUUAUAUUAUAAAAUUUUAAUUGAUCAAAAUUUUAACGAAUCAAUUAACGUUUUCAAGAAAAAAUUGAAAUUAAACCAAAAUUGGAUAGAGAUUAAAGAUGUUAUUCAACUGGAUAAAUUGGAGGGUAAUACUCAUAACAACAAAGGAGAGGUAAUGGGGACUCAAGAAAAAUUGGAAAAAGCAAUUGAUCCAGUAGAUGAACCUAAUGUAGAUUCUAUUGAUAAUGAUGACGACAUUGAAGAUGCAUGGAAUACCGAGAUUGAUAUUAACAUUGAUGAUUUAGAUAAUGAUAUCAAAGAACCCCUUGAUAGAGAAGAGAAGAACGAGGAUGAAAAUGCAUGGGAUGCGGAAUGGGAUAUAGGAAAUGAAGAUGAGGAUGAAAUAAAUUUCCAAAAUAAGGACCAAGGAACAAUAAAAGUGACUAAAAUAAAUGAAUUCAUUAUUGAAAGCAAUCAAUUAUUUGAGAAGAAAUGUCAUGAGUUAGUUGAUAUACAAAGAGAUUACUACUUGCAUAAGUUACAAAUGCUACAGAAUGCGAUAUUUGUAAUGAUCCAAAGUUCGUACUCGGAAAGUGAAUGGUGGCAAUUGUAUAUUGAUUGUAAAUAUACAUCUAUAAAGGAACUUAAACUAACUUAUAUUUCUUCAUUAUCAGAUGAAUAUUUAACAACACUAUUAAUUAAACACAAGCUUCAUAUCAAGAAAGCGAUAAAUAAUCAAUUAAGUGAACUAGAAAAACAUGAGGAAAACCCCUCAUGGUCGUCUUUAAUUGACGAUUUAUUACCAUACACUAAGGGACAAUUAUUAGAACCUUUAUCAAAUUUAAAAAGUUUCUCUAUUGAAUACGAAAAUACCAUUUUGGAUAUAAUGGAUUACAUUUAUAACAAAUCAAUUAUUGAUAUAGUAUUAAGAUGGGAUAUAAUAUCAGAGAAAAAUUCAGAGAAUCUAUCAGAACUAAUGACAUUGAUCCAUAACAAUAUCUAUAUUGAUUACUUUGAAAAAGGAUUACAAACUUUAUCACCAGCGUCAAGCCCUACCCGAAAUUUGAUUAAAUAUAAAGAGAUCCGUGACAGAUUCAAGUUAAUUAGUAAAUUUCUACCGCUUCACCUCAAAGAUAUUAUGGAAAUGUUUUAUAAUGGUGAAUUUUAUCUAUUUAGCACGGAAGAGAUUGUUGCAUGGAUUACUUUAUUAUUUGCAGAUACACCACUACGGAAAGAUGCUAUUUCAGAGAUUUAUGAAAUAAGAGAGGCUGCCAACGAGGAUUGA